AUGAAGGAGGAAAAAUGUCACUCGGGUCAGUUUGAAGUUGAGGGGUAUCAAUGGAGAUUGGUACUCUACCCAAAUGGGAGAAAGAAUAGCAAUGGGAAAGGUCACAUCUCUCUAUACUUGGAAAUAACAGAUACCAAAGAUUUUCCACAUGGCUGGGAGGUUAACGUGAACAUAAUAAAAUUCUUUGUUUUUGAUCAAAUCCGAGACAAGUACCUAAUUAUCCAAGAUACAAAUGAGAGAGUAAAACGCUUCCAUAACUUGAAGACUGAAUGGGGAUUCGCCCAGUUGCUUUCCCAUGAUAUUCUCAAUGAUUCAUCAAAUGGUUAUCUUCUUGAUGACACUUGUGUUUUUGGGGUGGAAGUUCUUUUUAUUAAAGGUAUUUGUAAAGGAGAGAGUUUGUACAUGAUAUGUCAACCUCAACGUAAUUAUUUCACCUGGAAGAUUGACAACUAUACGGCCUUGAAAGAUAAAGUUUAUUUCUCUGAGCAAUUCACUGUUGGAGGUCGAAAAUGGAAGUUGAGGCUCGAGCCAGAGGGAAGUGGAAUCGGACUCAACACAAACUUAUCUCUCUAUCUGAGAUUAGAUGAUUCAAAAACUGAUUACUGGUUCUCUAAAUCCGGCGCCGGCUAUGGUUUCCGCAAGUUUUUGGCGGUGAGAGAUCUCAAGGACACAUCAAAAGGCUAUUUGUUGGAUGAUGCUUUGCUCAUUGAAUGCAAAAUUGAUGUUAUAUCCGCAGUUAAGGAUUUCUCCUCAAAUUAA